AUGGCAGCCUCCGAUGGACCCCGUGACGUGCAGAAGCGCCUUGUUCUCAAUGCAUUCGUUAUGAUGUGCAGCGGACAUCAGUCCCCUGGGCUUUGGCGGCACCCUGACGAUCAGUCGUGGCGCUUUGACAGCACCGAGCACUGGGUUGAGCUGGCCAAAACGCUCGAAGAGGCCAAGUUCCACGGCAUCUUCAUCGCAGAUGUGCUGGGCGGAUAUGACGUAUACAAGAAAUCUCUUGAACCGGCUAUUGUCUCCGGGUCGCAAUGGCCCGUCACAGAGCCGCUGGCUGUUGUGUCUGCAAUGGCUGCAGUGACAAAAAGCAUUGGUUUCGGUGUCACGGUGUCGACGACCUAUGAGCAGCCGUACCAUCUCGCUAGAAGGUUGUCGACCGUUGAUCAUCUCACCAAGGGAAGACUUGGGUGGAACAUCGUUACUAGCUAUCUAGACUCGGCUGCAAAGAAUCUCGGCCGAACUGAACAGCUGAAUCAUGAUGACAGGUACGCCUUGGCGGAAGAGUACCUGAAGGUCAUGUACAAGCUCUUCCAGUCAUCCUGGCGCGAUGACGCUAUCCAGCUCAACCGUGAGAAGGGCAUCUACACCGACCCAGAGCUCGUCCGAGAGAUCAACCACAAGGGCAAGUUCUUCAACAUCCCUGGCCCGCACAUCACACACCCUAGUCCUCAGCGCACACCCCUUCUCCUACAGGCGGGUGCCUCCAAGGCCGGGAAGGCGUUUGCUGCCCAGCACGCCGAAGCCAUCUUCACGUCGGCCCAUGCACCAGAGGUCUGCAAGAAGAAUAUUGCAGAAAUCCGACAGACGGCCAAGGAGCAGUUUGGGCGCGACCCAACCAAGAUCAAGGUCCUGGCUUUGGUCACUCCCAUCCUCGGUCGGACGGAGGAAGAGGCCCUCGCCAAGUACAAUGACUACAAGCAAUAUGCUUCAUUGGAAGGUGCGCUGUCAUUGUUUGGUGGAUGGACGGGCAUAGACCUCAACCAGUACGGAGACGAAGAGGAGCUGAGGCAGGUUGAAAGCAAUGCUGUCAAAUCUACCGUGGAAGGAUAUGCUAGAUUUUCGCCCGCGAACUCGAAAUGGACUAAGCACACUGUUGCCGAGCAUGUCAGCUUGGGAGGAAACGGCCCCCUAUUCGUUGGAACACCAUCCCAGGUUGCCGACAGCCUGGAGACUUGGGUUCGUGAAGCCGAUGUAGAUGGUUUCAAUUUUGGAUAUGUCCUGUUCCCCCGGUCAUUCAAGGAUAUCGCUGAGCUGCUUGUGCCAGAACUUCGGCAACGAGGUCUCUUCUGGGACGACUACGCGGUUCCCGGCGGCACCUACCGUGAAAACUUUUACGAGGAGGCAGGACGUGCUUAUCCGCCUCCAGACCAUACUGCAGCCAAGUAUCAUUGGGCUGCAGGUGUUGCUGCCAAAGACCAUGUCAUCCCUGAGUAA